AGUAACAUAAUCGCUUUUUGAGAGCCUGAAUAAGCGCUUUCUGCACGAAACGGAAAGGCUUACACGAGUCCGUUUGCCGUCUUGUCAUGGGGGACAAUGGCAAGUCGCAAUCGCUCCUACACGGAAGAAGAAAUAGCAAAGCUCAGGGUUACUCCACAUUCGAUCCUGGAGGUUCUAUAGACAGUGGUCUCUCCUUCUCCUCAGACGACAGGGACGCCGGGACAAACGGCAUCUCAGUUAUCGACCACGCUAGGGAAAGGGUUUCAAUUUCAUGGGAGCACAUCGAUGUACUUGUGGAGCUGCCAGGACCGUCAUGUUUGAAGCGGUUGUGUUUCGGAUCGGAGGAGAACGCAUUGCCCAACACCAAGCAAGUCUUGUUUAAUGUAAGUGGAAAAGUAGAAGCUGGGUCUUUGCUGGCAGUCAUGGGCGCCAGUGGAGCUGGCAAAACCACUCUGAUGAAUGUACUAGCUCAUCGUAACAUCAGCCAGAUGGAAGUCCGUGGAACUGUAGAGGUGAAUGAUCAGCCAAUCGGAUUGCAGAUUAACACCAUGUCUGCUUACAUUCAACAGGAGGACCUCUUUAUUGGGUCUCUGACAGUUAGGGAACAUCUGACUUUUCAGGCUUUUCUGCGCCUGGAAAAAAAAGUUCCCAAACGGCAGCGACUACAACGCGUCGAGGAAGUGAUACUGCAGCUUGGCCUGACAAAGUGCGCUGACACAUACAUAGGAAUACCAGGACGGUUGCGAGGAAUCUCGGGAGGAGAAAAGAAGAGACUGUCAUUUGCUUCUGAGGUCAUCACAGAUCCUCCAUUGCUGUUUGCUGAUGAACCAACAUCUGGUCUUGAUUCAUUCAUGGCUCAGAGUUUAGUCACAGCACUGCAACAGUUAGCAGCUCAGGGAAGGACCAUCAUUUGCACCAUCCAUCAGCCUUCGUCUGAGGUGUACGCCAUGUUUGACAGCAUUCUGUUGUUAGCCGAGGGAAGGACAGCGUACAUGGGCUCCAGAGCUGACGCCAUUCAAUAUUUUGAGAACUUUGGCUACCCUUGCCCCGUCAAUUUCAAUCCCGCUGACCACUUUGUUCAUACAUUGGCAAUUGUGCCUGGUGACGAGGAAAACUGCAGCAAGAGAGUCCAGGAUAUCUGUGAUGCGUACCGAGAAACUGAGUUACAGGCCACGGAGGAGACAGAGCCAGCAGAGCGGCAGGACUCCUUCAAGGAUGAAGUAUAUACCCGUUCACCGUACAAAGCGUCGUGGUGUCAACAGUUCCGUUCAGUCCUUUGGCGUUCAUGGCUCACCAACGGUCGAGAUGUCACUAUUUUCCGAAUUAGACUCUACCAGAGUAUAUUUAUAGGUCUCUUAGCAGGAAUAAUUUACUUCAAAACUGAGAUAAACCAGGCCGGUAUCACAAAUGUGUCUGGUGCAAUUUUCUUCUUGCUGACGUCGAUCACGUUCAACAACAUCUCAUCCGUCAUCUUUACGUUUCCGGUGGAACUUUCUGUGUUUCUAAGAGAACACAACAAUGGAAUAUAUCGUACAGAUGUGUAUUUCCUGAGCAAAACUUUUGCAGAGGCGCCCCUGUUUCUUAUUAAUCCACUCAUUUUGAUUGCCAUAUCGUACUGGAUGAUUGGUUUGCGGAGCGAUGUACUUAGGUUUUUCUUCGCGUAUGCAAUACUUGCCUUGGUCUCCAUGGUUGCUGUUUCUUACGGGUAUUUCGUGUCCACAGUUUCACCAAGCGUCGCGGCUGCAUCUGCCUUAAGUGCGCCGUUAAUUUUGCCGUUGUUACUCCUUGGUGGCUUCUACGUUAAAAACACGACGGUACCAAACUGGCUUUCGUGGUUGCAGUACAUAUCUUGGUUUAACUACGGAUUUGAAGCUAUGAAUAUCAACCAGUGGGACGGUUAUGGAAACAUAACUUGUUCUGAUCAAAGCAAUCGAGCAGAUGCGAAAUGUAUUCAUAAUGGACAAGAGGCCCUUGAUUACCUCGGCUUAAAAAAGGAAAACAUAAUGCUUGAUAUCUCCAUACUAUUGGCUUUGACUGUUGGAUUCCGUAUCUUAUCGUUCCUGUUUCUGUUGAGGAAAGCUUACAAACGACCGUGAUAAAUCACAAACAACACCGAGGAUUAUGAAGCCAGUAAUCCUUAAAACUAUUUUUUUUUCGCUUUUGAUCACGGUUGCAACAACAAGCAACGUCAGCAAAAACAAGAAAGAACAGCAGCAGCAGAAGCAGUAUUAACAACAAUAACUGAAAUAAAAACGGUACCUAUAAAAAAAAAACAACAACAAAAAAAGCUCAAAGUUCAAGACUCCAAACAAAACAACUAAACUUUAUUACAGUUGCUAUAGCUGUAAAGAUCCUCAAACGAGCCAGCAAUGAUGAAAGUGCUAAUUUAUCAUGAUUGUGACCUCAUUUGAAACGAAAAAACCCAUGUGUAAUUUAAUGAUUUGGGAAAUACAUAAUAUUUUAUGAAGAA